GGGUAGGAAAACAAGAGUAUAAAAGACUAAGUUGAACCUAGGAUUUUCAUCAGUCGCUUGCACACUCCAGUUCGAAGAAGCUCAAGCAACCCAACCCAACACACUCAAAAUGAAAUUCUUGGUGAUCCUUUUCGCUAUCGUCGCCGUUGUUGCGGCUUUCCCCGAACAAGAGCGUGAACGCCGUGGAAUUCUUGCGGGUCCCGCUCUAGCAUGGGCUGCUGCCCCCAAAGUCACUGUGGCUGCUGCCCCCAUCGCCAUUGCUGCUGCCCCUAAGCUCCUCGCGGCGCCAGCUGUAGCCGUUGCCGCCCCCGCCCUCGCUCCCUGGGGAGCUCUCAAAGCAUGGUAAACGUUAUUAAAACCCUGGCGUAACUGGACCUGAAGUAUUACGAGGAAGCUUAACGAUGAGAGAACUCUCAUUGAGCUAAAUUCGAAUUCGGCGACUGACGGCAUCCACCAACCCCCUUUAGGCCGCAAUUCCGUUCAACCCCCAGCGAUUGGCACGAUGGAAAACUACACAUCCCCCCUCUCCCUCUAGUUAUUCAAAUUGUAUCAUCGGAUAAUAAACUUAUUUUAAAACUUUUAAA